CAUUGGAAGCAACAGCAGCUACAACAAAACCUAACAAUGAGAUUGUAAUCGUUUCGCCCCUUCCCAUUCGACCACUACAUCCGAAUCACAACACACAUGUGGAUGGUGACGAAAGAACAAGAGGAUGAUGCUUGCUCUGAGCUGUUGGAGAUAAUGGCAGCAACCGGCAACAAACACCACAAACGAGGAAGCAGCAGCAGCAGCAGCAGCAGCAGUAGUAGUAGCAGCAGCAGCAACAACAGCACGUACGAUAACGUUGACGAUAACGAUGAUGUUACUGGUGGCGAUAUUGGUUUGGAAGUGCCAGCGUCGCCGGUUUACCGUACAUUGAAUCCGUUGCCACACGACACCUCUUUUAUCCACGCUGCGGCAGCCUUCCUUACUGUCCAAAAUGCAAUGGCGGCUAUGGCGGCUGCGGCUGCUGUCAACAACGAUAACAACAACAAUUCAAGCAACAACAGCAACAUGAACGACGCUGCUAUUACCGCUUCCACGACUCCUACUGCUUUGCAAGUGCCUACUGCUAGACCUCGCUCUUACAGUGUUGGCGACGAUCGAAACAAGAUGCCCGCUGUGGUUUGUUAAAAAAAUACUCUUCUUCUACAUAUGAUCCUUGGCGUUGAAAACCACACUACUACCUUUGUUGUACAUACACACACAGACAUCUCUUUCUCUUCCUUUCUUUCUGUCUUUCUUAUAUAACAUGUUUUAUACAUACAAUUCUUCUUCACAUACACACACUCCGUUACUACUACAUAGCCAAUCCCCUUCCCUCUUCCCUUGCAAAACUUUGUCCCUCUUCUUUUAUAAACUUUGUAAAACCCUUUUUUUAUCUUUAGUUUCCAACGCCCCUUCCUUCAAUUGUCUAUAUCUCUCCUAUAUCAAUUGUAGUAUAACUUUUUCUAUAAUCUUUUCCGAAAAAAAAAAU